CAACUACGUUAAUAAAUGGUCAAAAUAAACGGAAAGGCUAAACAAUCGUCCCCAUCUAUAUCUUGCUGUGUUUGUCAUUACCAUGAAGAGUGCUGCCUCAGCUGUCCAGCAGAGACCCACGUGCUCCCUGAGGAUAAAACCAGAUUCCGGAAGUGGCGGCGGAGUGGCUCCUCUCUGCUGAUCCACUCUCUGUCUCUACAGUUCGGUCGUUAUUUCACGUAUCCAGAAGUGACGAUGAGCAGCUGCGAGGCCCCCAAAGAGACGUGUGCUCCACACAUAGUGAAAGAGGAGCUCAUGGUAGCAGGAAAAUGGGUGAAGUUGGAGCAGACGACCUACGUGGACCACGCUGGGAGCACCAGGACCUGGGAGUCGGUGAAAAGGACAACGAGGCAAACCAGCGCAGAAGCAGACGGUGUUGGGAUUAUCGCCCUGCUGAAGCGCACGCUCCAUAAAGACUGCGUCGUGAUGGUGAAGCAGUUUCGUCCUCCGAUGGGAUGCUACACUCUGGAGUUUCCUGCAGGGUUGAUUGACGAGGGGGAAAGUGCCGAGGCUGCUGCACUGAGGGAGCUGAAAGAAGAAACCGGCUACAAAGGAGAAGUGGUGGGAGUCACUCCAGUGACCUGUCUGGACCCCGGCCUGUCUAACUGCACCACCCAGAUGGUCAUGGUGAACAUCAACGGAGAUGAAGGAGAGAAUAUCAGCCCUACACAGCAGCUCGGUGACGGAGAAUUUGUUGAAGUCAUUCUUUUACCUCUCGAUGAAUUCCAGAGGAAGAUCGACGAUCUGCUGAAGAAAGAAGACACCGUGGUGGACGCUAAAGUGUACAUCUUUGCCAUGGGGAUGGUCCAGGCCUUCUUUAAGCCGAGGGAGCUCCCUGUGCUGAAGCAGUGAGGGAGGAAGAACUUCGGGCUCCUGCACAGGACGGGGACUUGGUAUUGAAAAGCAAACUUCCAAAUUGUAAUAAGAAAUCGUAUGAAAAGUUUUAGACACCAUCUCAUAUUUUAGUAGUUAUUUCUAUGGAGUAUAUGGGUCAUCCAUUGAGCAAUAUGAAAGUUAGAAGACACAGAACCACUUUGUGUGUUAAUCAUUCUGAACAUUAUGGAAGUGUUUGAGAAAGGAGCCUGAGGACGCAGCAUGUUCUGCACCUCUGUUAGUUCUCAGUAUGGAGGUCCCUACGUACACCUUAAAGCCUGAAACUUACUCCACACAGAAGAUUUCUGCCUUUAGUCUCGAAUGCCUUACUUGAUGAAUAGUCAUUUCCAGGUUUUUAUGAGAUUAUAUGUAGUUUUGAUGAGAUGCAGUUUGUUGUAAUUUUUAUUUAGUGAUCCUGAAACAUUCCUAACAUUCCUAACAUUCCUAACAUGCUGUUUUGACAACUUGAUGGGAGAAAUGAAAUGAACCUCGUCUGAUUUUUCCUCUUAAAAACCGGCUGUUGCUGAAGUACGGUGUGUUUUUAUUCUCUCGGAUUACUUCAAGCAAGCAUUUUGUCUGAAGGCAUCCGGAGCUUUAGAAGAAGUAAACAAGCCUUUAGUGACAAUAACUCAUGCAUUGUAAUAAUAGUUAUGAGUAUAUAGUGGAUACAUUAACAUCAGUGUUAACAAUGUGAUUUCUCUUGUGUAUCUCUACAAGCAUUAACUGAUUAAUAAGAAAUAAACCAACCUUGUUCUGUUGCACUGAACAUUGAUGCUGUACUACAAAUUACUCACCAAUGAAUAAAUGUGCUUCUAUUUUUGCUCCUUCCUCAA